CGGAAGCGGCGCCGUUCCUCGGGCCGCGCACACGGGCAGGGGUUCAGCUUUGCCGCCAGCUCCCCCCUGGUUCCCGUGCCGUUGCUUUCCCUCCCCAGCGCUCCGCCCGGUCUCGGGCUCGUCCCGGGCUGCCCCGCAAAGUGGGUUGGCUCGGGACGGCCCCGGACCCCCACAGCUCCGCCGCUGACCGCCGCCCCCAGGCCCCCCCCGAGGAUGAGGAGCCACCGGGCGCUGGCCGCGCUGCUCGUCCUGGCGCUGCCGCUCGCCCUCGCCCGCCGCCCCUCCGCCCCGCCCGACCCCGCGCCCCCCGCACAGGGGAUGCCCAUCCCGGAGCCGCUGCCCCGCAGAGCCCGCAGCAGCCCCGGGGCCGCCUACGCCGCCCUCCUGCGGCUACUGGAGGAGGAGGACGCCGGUAAGAGCCGAGGGGGCUGUGGGGGGUCCAGGUCCGGCCCCCGCCUCACUGGCGCCGCUCACCCUCCGGGGUCUCUUCCAGGUGCCUCCGCGCCCGCCGCUCCGCAGAAGCGUAAGUCCCGCCCGGCCCCGGUGCCGGGCCCGGUGCCGGGCCCCGCGGCGCUGACGGCGGGUCUCUCCGCAGGGGACAUGCACGACUUCUUCGUGGGGCUCAUGGGGAAGAGGGCGGCGGGGCGGGGAAGCGGCGACCCGUCCCCCCGCUGCUCCCCGGGUACACUUGCGGACGCGCAACGGGCGGUCUGAGCGGCGGGGGGGGACGGGGACUGGUCGGGGCGCGCCCCGCGACCCCCAUCCCCGAGGGCCGGCCCGGGCCGUGUCCCGGGCGCGACCCACGUUCCCGGGAGCUGCGCUGCGGCGGCAGAACCGGCAGCGGGGCCAUCCCGGCAGCGCCGCCGCCCACGGACCGCGGAGUCGUCCCGGGACCCGCCAGGGCACGCGCCCUGCACCGACCCCCACGAGUGGCUCCGGUCCCGUGUGGGCACCUGUACACGAACCUCCAGACGUACCUGUAAACAUCCCCCCGAGCUGGGCGGGACACGCGCACC